UAUUAAUGAAAGAUGUUAUUUUAUUUGCUGCGGUCAUUACCAUUAGUAUCGCUUCAACUACGCUGGUAGAUACCGAUUUUUUUAAGUUCACAAUCAGCUUUUCAAAGAAUUCAAGCAACAGGAGUAACUCUGACGUCACACUGAGCCUAAAAGUUUCUUCAACCUCGAGUCCGCUGGGCAAUAACUACUAUGCUUCUGGAGCUUGUAUAAAUGUGGGGACUAGCAGCUACCAGCUUACCACUGAUAAUUCUAAUCUGAAAGGAUUCUCAAUAGAAUGGAAAUGCAAUUCACGCUGUAAUUCCUUAGAAUCUGUUUAUGACACUGUUAACUUUUACGCAGGCUCUGAUUGGGGAGCUGAUACUUCAGGUGUAGUCUUUGUGCAAUCCACUCUUACAUACGUGACUUAUCCAGCAGGGGUGAACUCAUAUAGUACAAAUUCAAAGGAAGUUAGACACAAAUGGAGUGGAUUGACUCCAACCCAACUUAAUAGUACAGUUUAUUUUCCAAACCAGAGCGAGACCUGGUAUGUCAGAUGCUUUGCAAAGUUCAAUUACACUCAUUCAUUGAACUAUGCCGCUGGGAUUUCUAACCUGAUUUCGACACUUGAAUCUGCCAAUAACCUGAGCCUCAAGGGCGGCUGACCUUGAGCAGGCUUGCUCAUUGCUGGGGCAAUCAGUCUAGUCGUAGCUUUGGUGUAAACUUAAGCGUAGAUGAAGUCAAAUUUUUGGAUC